AUGACGUCGUCCUCGUCCUCCUCGUCCUCCUCCUCCUCGUCGGAAGAAGAGGAAACCUCCCCCACCACCGCACCUGCCACCGCUCCCACCACCGCACCAGCAAACACCGCCACCACCAACCCCGCCCACCAAGACAAGAUCAAAUCCGCAAUGCAAUCCCUCUCUUCAAUCCUCUCAUCCCCGCUCUCCUCACACGACCCCUCCGCCCUCUACCCUCCCAUCUCCGCCCUCCUCCGCCGCCCAAACUCCGGCACCGGCGACAACAACCUCUGCCGCUGGCUAUACGAUACCUUCCAAUCCUCCGUCCCCGACCAUAACCGAAAGCCUCAAGCCGGUUUUGAAGCCGUUCUGUUAGCAUUCUACGCGCACGAAACAACCUCACGCGCCGGACAGCCCGUAACCGCCACGCUCCCUGAUCUCUCCCACCCUAGCCUCUACCACGAGUCAAAAACUCCACCGCCUUCGAAAAACUCCGCCACGGAUCUCAACAUCGCCGUUGUUUCCCCAACGCUCGAGCCUCACGGAACUGUUAGGUCAACGAGAAGAGCAAGAAUCGUCGGCGUAGCGUUAGAACUCUUCUACAGCAAGAUAUCUUCCAUGCCGACAGAGUCGAAGGUGGAUUUCUGCGAGUUUUGUAAGAUUUGGGCGGGACAAGACGGUAGCAUGUAUAAACAUUUCGAGGAAGAAGGAAUAACAGAAAUCAAAAUCGACGUGAAAGAGAAAGAGAAAGAGAAAGAGAAAGGUAAGGGUAAAGGUAAAGGUGGUGGAAAGGCGGUGGAAGAGACGGCGGCGGCAGAAGGGAGGAUACCGAUGCCGUGGGAGCUGAUGCAGCCGGUGGUGAGGAUUCUGGCGCAUUGUUUGAUGGGACCGGGGAGUAAUAAAAAUGAGGCGGUGUUUGCGGCGGCGAAUGAGGCUUGCCGGUGCUUGUUUGCACGGUCCACGCAUGAUGUGAACCCCAUGGCUAUAUUGGCCAUGAGGAGCUUGUUGAGGCUUUCUAAGACUCUUGAUGAUGACUUUGAUCCAACUGAGUUACCUGUAACUGAUAUUAUUACCCUUUAGAUUGUUUUUUUUAUAUGAAUUUUUAACAUAUUAUUUUUGGC